AUACAAUCUGUUCUGGCGUUUCCGUGUUUUUGUCUGUUUAUUUCCUUGUUUCCUUGGCCUCUAUUGGCGGAAUCUACAAUAUCCGAAAGUGAGAGAGAUGAUUUACAACUUCCCCACCUGGGUCUGAGUCUCAGCCAUUUGAGAAUCGAAACAAGACUAAAGGAAUCGAGUGCCGGGAGAUAAAGGAAUAAAGCGAAAUCGGAGGAGGAGUUGGAAUGGGCUUUCUGUAUGAGGACUUGGUGGAGAUUAGACCGGCGGAGAAGGCGGGAGAUCCCACUGUCAUUACUGUGAAUUGUCCGGACAAGACUGGAUUGGGUUGUGAUUUGUGCAGGAUUAUAUUGCUCUUCGGCCUUAGCAUUUCUCGAGGAGAUGCUUUGACGGAUGGAAAAUGGUGCUACAUUGUGUUCUGGGUGAUGGGGAGACCAACAACAAGGUGGGCCUUGUUGAAGAAGAGACUGUUGGAGGUGUGUCCUUCAUAUUUGUCGACAUCAGGGAUAUCCUAUUUCCGGCCGGAAAACCAGCAACCCAAGCAACCAGACAUAUUCCUCUUGAAAUUCUGGUGUUGCUAUGAUAGGAAGGGUCUAUUGCAUGAUGUAACUGAGGUUCUCUGCGAGCUGGAACUAACUAUAAAGAGAGUGAAGGUAUCCACUACUCCGGAUGGGAGAGUUAUGGACCUCUUUUUUGUGACAGAUACCAGGGAACUUCUUCAUACCAAAAAGAGGCAGGAGGAAACAAUCCAUCAUUUGAGAGUUGCAUUAAGGGAUACCAUUAUGAGUUGUGAGGUUGAAUUAGUAGGCCCAGAAGUUACUGCAUGCUCACAGGGUUCUCCAUUUCUUCCCUCUGAAAUCACUGGGGAUAUGUUCAGUUUAGAGCUUCCCAACGGACACCCAAGUGGAUCUAUUGCCUCCAACCCUAUAUCUGUGACAAUGGAUAACACCCUCAGUCCCUCCCACACACUCGUUCAAAUCCACUGUCAGGAUCACAAAGGUCUUAUUUAUGAUAUCAUGAGAACCCUAAAGGAUUACAACAUUCAGGUUUCUUAUGGACGAUUCUUUGCAAACUCAAAACGAAGUUGUGAAGUAGAAUUAUUCGUAAGGCAGGCAGAUGAGAAAAAGAUUAUUGAUCCCAACAAGCAAAACUCAUUGUGCUCUCGCUUAAGAAUGGAGCUCUUGCAUCCGCUUAGAGUGUCUGUGGUGAGCCGGGGCCCUGACACCGAGCUGCUGGUAGCUAAUCCUGUAGAAUUGUCUGGCAGGGGUCGUCCACUUGUAUUUUAUGAUGUCACUCUUGCUCUCAAGAUACUCAACACAAGCAUCUUUUCGGUGGAGAUAGGGAGACACAUGAUCGGCGGUCGGGAGUGGGAAGUUUAUAGAAUUCUUCUCGACGAAGGGGAUGGUUGUUCCUUGCCAAGGAAAAAGCUUGAGGAGGGUGUCAGAAAUAGAUUGAUGGGAUGGGAAUAGGAGUUAUAUAAGAAAUCUAACUAAUAUUUUCUAUCACAGUUAAGCAGAUUUUUACAGCCUUUUAAGUCUGUUCGAGUUAGGUGCUCCUGAAUGUAAAUGAUCAAAUGCAUUAUGCAAAGGGCGAGCUGUUUUGUACAGACUUGGCAGAUCUGCCCUAGUUGCAUAAUUUCCUUAACGAUGCUAUCAAGUAGUUGACAUGCCUUUCCACUA